AUGGCAGACAUGAACACAGCAGCAGCAGCAGCACCAGGAGCAGGAGCAGCAGGACAUACCGGAGGGGCGCCAUCAGGAACAGGGCCUGUCCCAAGCAAAGGAGCAGGAUCGGAGAAGAGCAGCAGUCACCAAAACCCCACCACCAACACCAGCACCAACAGCACUUACAUCAAGAGCAGUCGUUACGUUGAUGACGAUACCAUCGACAAGGACGACGGCGGAGAUGAGGCAGAUCUGGACGAUGACGAGUUGUUUGAGGAGCUCGAGAAUGAUGACUACCAUAUGGCCAGCUUCCGUGAGCAGCGAAUGGAGGAGUUGAAAGGAGAGGUGGAGAAGAGAAAGAUAAUGAUGGAGAGUCAGAGUGGCGUGUACAAGGAUAUUACGGACGAGAAGGAGGUCAUGGAUAUUACGACCAAGACCAAGCACUGUGUCGUGCACUUUUAUCACUCGGAUUUUAGACGUUGCUUGAUUGUCGAUAAGCAUCUCGAGACCUUGGCAAAGAAGCACUUCAAGACAAAGUUUGUGAAGAUCAAGGUCGAGGACGCCCCCUUCCUGGUGGAAAAGCUUCAGGUCAAGAUCUUGCCCUGUGUCAUCUCAUUCGUUGAUGGAAUUGCAGUCGACAGGCUGAUUGGAUUCGAGGAGCUGGGCAACACGGACAACUUUUCGACGGCGGUGCUAGAGUUGCGGUACAAGACUGCUGGCGUGAUUGAGGAUGAUAAAAAAGUCGACCCGUCCAAGCUAAAGAAGAAGUCCAUCUUUGGACGCGACUAUGGGUCUGACGAAGGAACCGACGAUGACUAUUAA